AGCUCACCGGGCUCCAGCCAAUCAAAACACGAGAGGCACAGGUUUCCGGCCUAAUGAAGGACAACACAACUCCAGCCUUAAAGACGAAGAGGAGAAGCUGCUUCUUGGUAAUAGUUCAAAAGCUGCGUAUCCCUAGAUAAGUCAUUAUCUACCCAGAUGUUCUAAAGCACUCACUAAUUUAUAUCCCAAGAGUUGGCAGUCGUACUGACAUGGCAUCCGUUUACUGAACUGCUUCGUUUUAAGCCACUGCUAGCACCAAGCGUUGGUGUGCAACGUCCCAGUGAAUGUGACUGACCCCACAUCACCAUGGAAACAGAAGCAGAAGUUAUUCCUAUCUGGCAGAAUAAGCCUCAUGGAUCCACCCGUAGUGUUGUGAGAAGAAUAGGCUCCACGCUUCCACUCAGACCUCCACAAAGGGCAUGUUUCCAGGAACUACCUGGUCUGUCCCCUGUGCGGCCCAUGGAUGGCCCUAUGGUUCCUACCUUGGCAGACAUAGCCUGGAUUGUUGCGGAUGAAGAAGAGACAUAUGCCAGAGUGCGGAGUGACACUCGUCCUCUGAAACAUGAAUGGCGGCCCACACCUCUCCUGGUGCUCCACAGGAACUCAUCUGUGCCCAAUUUCCGCCGCGAGGGCAAAAGGAUGGAGGGGCUUAAGAAGCCAGGGGUGACGGCACUGAACCGCACUACUGCCCUGCAAGACGAGCUCAGCAGACUCCGUGCACAGAUUGCAAAAAUUGUGGCAAGUGAUUCUGGCUCCAAUCCUCUGACCCCUGACCUUCUCUCCCCUGACGACACAAGCAUGAGCUUCUCCAUGGCACCUUUUGAGACGGCGUCCUACCAGCCAGCUGCCACGGCUGCCGCUUCCUUUGUCAUCAGCGAUGUCACAGAGGAGGAAGAAGAGGUGGAGGAAGAGGAGGAUGAGAAAGAUGUGGUGUCUGUGGUGUCGGAGCUUGUCCCUGACCCCCUGCCACCUGUUUCCAUGACGGCAUCAGCGACCUUUGACCUGGACAGACCCACCAUGGACUUCCGGGAGGCAGAGGAAGAUACAGUGUCACUCUCAAAGUCCACCAGCUUUGCUGAUGUUAUGGACAUCCUGAAGGACAUGAACCGCAUGAAGAUGAGCAAAGACAGGUAUAACAGAGGCUGUACAUCGCUAAGAGAGGAGGACUCUGCCACUCUGAUUUCAGAAGCUCUGAGGAAAAAGUUUGUCCUGAAGGAAGAAGAUACUGCCCCUGUCAAACGGAAGUAGCCUGAUCUUGUGUUUUUCACCAAUACGUGAUCCUCCUGCUAAAUGCCCUUGCCUGUGGAUUAUGUACCCAUGGAUCCACAACCUUGCUCCUCAGACCCGAGGCAAUAGCUCUCUGCCACAGUUGGAACAAAAACACACUUUGUCCCAGACAUUCAAAGCCAAAGGUGAACUUUGGUGAAGUGAGAGGGAUAAUAGCCAAGUCUCCAUACCUAUAAUCAGAUUCAGUUCUGCAUCACAUGUUGCAUCUCUUUCUGUCUGAAAGGCUUUUUAUUUUUAAAUUGUUUUGAAAGCAGAGUUGUCUAGAAACAUGUUCUGUGACAAGGCUGUCAAGAUUUUAGAUGCAUUUUUGUUAUUGUUUAGCACCUGGCAUCCGGUUAUAACAAAGUUUUUGGACUUAAACUGAAGAAUGUCCCUUUAAAAGCCUUUUAUCCACCGUGCUAUCAGAAGGUGCCCUUUUUUGGUUUGAAUUUUCCACAGAAGAGAUACAAAUAAGCUUUUUUUUUUUGCUUGUUUUUUUCCUCAGUUUUUUUUUUUCAGUAAGUCUUCUAACAUACUUGAACAUAUUUGAUGUACAAAUGAAACAGAACUAGUGCACAUGCAGAGAUGUACUGUACCUUAUCACAAUGUGUGAGUGGAAGAAUGACUUCAGAUUUUUGCUGUCUAAUAUUUAAUAGCAUCAUAUACUCUAUGUUGUUUGUUCCACUGCACCUCUUAUGCCUGUCCUCUUGUGAUUAACAUAUAGAUUGAUAGUCACUGAACCACAGGACACCGAUUUUCAAACCCAAACUGAGAGAAGCAAGAAUAAGCUGAUGAUACAGUUUGAAUUUGAUUUGUAUAAAUCCAAGGAAUACUUGAUGAGGUGUGUGUGAAUGAAAUGUGCACCAUCAUUGUUUGCAUUUCUUUGCAUUUCCAGUAAACACAACAGAUACAAGCGUGUACAGGUCUUUCGAGACAUAAAUGUGUGUGUGUGUGGAUCGUGGUAAUUUGUAGCUGAAAACACCUUUACGAUGUUUCUUAAUGAUCAAAGAGGUGAUUUCAGUUUGGGCAGAGAAAACUGACCUAUGUGUAAGAGCUUGAGUAAAGUGCUUGUGUGAUUCAUGAUUAUAAUUCUAUUCUUGUUGACGCCUUACCACAGAUGUUUUGCCUGUUCCAAUGCUCCAAUGUUAUUCCCAUUUAAGUUCAAGUGCCAUGGAUUUAUUAAAAUUAGCCCACCUCUCUUUGCCUGCCCUUUCCUUAAUGCGCCCUUCAUCCUUUUCUCUACUAAGACUCUCAUACUUUCAUGUCACAGACAUACAGUGAACAGCGAUGUUAAGGACCAGUUGUGCAUGUGUGUAGUAUUGCAGAGUGUUUGUGAAAAAUAAUCCAUCAUAAGAAAAACUGUUAUGUCACUUUUACCUCCAAUUGUCACUCCUACACUCUUUCAUUUCUAAUGUUUAUGCCAGCAUGACGGUGAAUUCUUUAGCGUAGUUUUUUUUGUGAGUUUUCUUUUUGUUUUUUUGCAGUGUGAAAAGUUGGGUCCACCGUAUGCAUUGCAGUUAAAAGUAUGUUUUGUGUAGCUAAAAUUGGUCAUCACCUUGUCUUUGGUGAUGCUCUCAAUUUUUGUCAUCAGUCAAAGUGAUGAAGUACAAACUGACUAGCUAAGAAAACUACUAUAUGCAAAUUCAAAUAUAUUAAUUAUUUACUUGAGAUACUCUGCCAGCUUUAUCACUAGUCCUGAUAAUAAGUUGAGAGAAGAAUUUUGUUACGGAUUUUUAACACACUAUGUUUUGAGUUUCUGUUGCCCCUUGCCUGGUUUGAGGGUUUCUCACCAUUGCACCUCUAUGUGGCAUUAAGUCCACUAGCGCCAUCUGUGUGAGUGUGUUGUUUUUUUUUUGUUUGUUUUGUUUUUUGUAUUUUUUUUGUUUGUUUGUUUUUUUGGUCAUGUGAGGACAUGUAAAUAAAGGCUGAUGUUUUGAAAGUA